UUCCCGCCUCUCGCUUGAUUAUGUCAGCAUGUCAAAAUCUGGCAAACAGCACAACAGCAGUAAAUAAGAAUCAGCUGAUUACGAAGGUUGGUUUGUUUGUUUUUAUCAAAAUUAUGCGUCUUUUUCGGCGGUUGGAGAGUUAGGGCUUGUGUUACCGUUAGUUACCGAACCGCUUUGCAGUAAAAUUUCGUUUAAUAAAAAGUGUAAACAGCGUGUACAGUGACAAGAGGAACAUCGCCUUGCCUUUUCGGGUGCAAGGUGCACCCAUGAUGAAUUGCGUGAUAUUAAAUGCAAUCCGCAACGCUCAGGCAGGAAGAAGUGCAGCUGCCUACCGCUUUUGCUCCAGCACAACUGGAUCCGAUGCAACGGUGAACAAGGACACCAGCAUACCUGAGCUUCCACCCGAACCCACCACAUGCUGUAUGUCCGGGUGCCAGAAUUGUGUAUGGAUUCAGUACGCUGCAGAUCUAACCAAAAUGCUCGACGAUGGCGGCGAAAAGGCUCGCGAAAUUGUGCUGCAAAAAAUCUCCGAUCCUAGCUUAAAAAUGUUUCUAAAACUGGAGCUACAAAACAUACAAUCGACGAAGCCGGAAGACCCUACGUGAUGCAUAAAUUCGGGUGUUCUAAAUAAGUUUUAGUGCUGUAGUUUAGUAUAUCGAAGCUGAAGAGGAAAAAACAACUGCAAUAAAAAGUUUACAUUUCUAAUCAAUUCAAA